CUGUGUGUGUGUGCUUUUACUUUGACACUUCACCGGAUGUUGACAGUUUAACGACUAAGCCAGCUGACGUACACGUGCAGGAGAAGAAGACGAGGCUGAAGUCAUGUCCAAAGCAAAACAGAAACGAGCUAAACGUCUUGGUUUUCUUGGAAAGUUUAAGUCUAAAGAUGGGCGGAAGGCUGAUGGCUCAGGGCCGACAAACACUGCAAAGCAGCCAGCUGUUCACCAGCUCAAGGACUCCAGGAAACCAGAGGAUGUCAGGAAGCAAAGGCUUCAAGAUCUCCGGGAAAAGCAGAAGCUGUCCAGAGAACGGGAGAUGAUGAAGAGGAGAAAUUUACAAACCUUUCAGAGCGACAUCCUACAGCGACAAAGAGAGUUUGAGCUGAAGGAAACAGAGAUGCAGAGUUUGGAAAAACAUGUGAACUUUGAAAAUGAGAAUUCAAGAAAGGCGUAUUACAGAGAAUUUAAAAAGGUUGUGGAGGCGUCAGAUGUAAUUUUGGAGGUUUUGGAUGCACGUGACCCUCUGGGCUGCAGAUGUCCUCAAGUAGAACAAGCAGUUAUCCAGAGUGGAACCAACAAGAGGAUAGUUUUAGUCCUUAAUAAGAUUGAUUUGGUAUCAAAAGAAAUUGUGGAAAAGUGGAUUAAGUAUCUCCGUAACGAGUUUCCUACAGUGGCUUUCAAAGCAUCUACCCAGCAACAAACCAAGAACUUGAAACGCAGUAACGUCCCAGUGACAAAAGCCACCUCUGAGCUUCUGAGCAGCAGUGCAUGUAUUGGAGCCGACUGCUUGAUGAAACUACUGGGAAACUAUUGCCGCAACCAGGAUAUUAAGACUGCCAUUACUGUGGGAGUUGUAGGUUUUCCUAACGUGGGGAAGAGUAGCUUGAUCAACAGUCUGAAACGAGCACGGGCAUGCAAUGUUGGAGCCACACCUGGAGUCACAAAGUGUCUUCAAGAAGUGCAUUUGGACAAACAUAUUAAGCUCUUGGAUUGUCCUGGAAUUGUCAUGGCAACAUCAACAACCGAUGCUGCAAUGAUUCUUCGUAACUGUGUGAAAAUCGAGCAGCUUGUAGAUCCUCUUCCACCUGUUGAAGCCAUCCUCCGAAGGUGUAACAAGGCACAGAUCAUUGAGCACUACGGUGUUCCCGACUUUCAGACAGCUCAGGAGUUCCUGUCUCUUCUUGCCCGGCGACAAGGCAAGCUGAGGAAGGGCGGACUGCCUGACACUGAUAAAGCAGCUAAGAGCGUAUUGAUGGACUGGACAGGAGGAAGGAUCAGUUACUUCACACACCCUCCAGAAACGCACACUCUGCCCACCCACGUCAGCGCUGAGAUCGUUUCCGAGAUGGGCAAAGCCUUUGACUGGGAUGAGUUGGAAAAAGGAAAUCAGGAGGUUCUUGCAGAGUCUUCUUGCCCUGACAUCCAAAUGGGAUUCUGCAUGGAAACUGCCGGAAUGACGCAAGGAGGUCAGAAUGAGUUACCUGAACUGGAAAUGGAAGGAGGGUCUGUGGAAGAUGAAGAUAAAGAUGACGCUGAAUUCAUGGAGGAUGACCAGGAUUCAGAGUUUGGACCAAUGACGGUGGAAAUAAAAGCACAGAAAAAGACUGAGUUCUCUGUAAAAGAUGCUGCUCCCAAAGCUCCAGAUUUGAAAGAUAUCCUGAAAGUAGAUCCCCUGCAGCAGGGCCAGGCACUCCUAGCUGCCAGCAAGAAAAGGAAAAAACAGCAGAAAAGAGCUGACAAAAUUGCUACCAAACUCUCAGACACACUUACAUCUGCAAUGGACUUCUAAUUCUCUGAUUGGAACUGAAUUAAAAUGAAAGUUAAACUA